AUGGAUAUCCUACAGAACUACUCCUCUGACGACGAAGAAGAAGAAGAAGAAGAAGAAGCGAUCGGUAUUGAAGUCGACAACGUGGAAAAUAAUAACUACACUGCUUUGCCCCAACCAGAAGGAUCUUCAAUUUUAGCGAAACCAUUCUUUGACAGUUCAGAUAUCUACUCACAAAACUAUUCGAAUAAUAUGCAGAAUUUAGUAGCUUCUUUCAUCUAUAUACCAUGGAAUCCCUCAUUGGCUGCUGUGAAUCAACUUAAGAAAGUAUCACAGAAAGCUAUCCAGCAAAUCAAGAAAAACUAUCCUGAAGAAAGUAGCCAGUUCAAUUGGCACUAUGUGGGUGCACCCAUCGCCACAAAUCAUGGGAAGUUCAGCGUAACCAAUAAGCAUAAUUUGUCAAAUUUCCAUAUAACUUUGGCGGACAAUGUCCGAGCAGAUAAGCAUGUAAUGGAAUUAUUCAUAGCUAAUUUACAAAAUGGAAUCAGUGAAAUGCAAAUAGAUAAAAGUUUGAUAAACUCUGAUAACGAAGAAAUGAUACGAAGAGAAAAGUUGAACAAGAUUCUUGGGCUCUCCAAGAACAAAGAUUCAAAGGAAGGUUCGUCAGUAAUAUCUUUGACAUUCAGAGAUAAGUUAGAAAUCUUUCGAAACCACAAGACUGGAAAUAUGUUUGUAUCUGGUAUGUUGAGUGCUCAAGGUGGCCAAGGUAACUUUUUCAAUAACUUGACAAAUAUAAUAGACAAGAAUAAAGAAUUAUUGAAUUUGGGCAAUCAGCACGCAUUCAGAUGGCAUAUAUCAUUCGUAGUUGGAGAGAAUUUGGGGUCUAAGGUAGGAAGAACGAAGGGUUCUCCUAAUCCUAAGAGCCGUAACAACAAAUUGAUUGGCGAAUUAGAGUUGGAAGAUACAGAAAUAUUGAAAGAACUCAAAGUGAACGUAGACAAGUUGGUAGUGAAUGUUGCAGGAAGUAAUAGAAGAGACAUAGAGAUAAAGUUUCCAACAAAAUAA